AUGUCGGCUACUUUGCCAAAUUUGCAAGACAUUGUCGACUUCACCCGGGCCGAAUUAUUCACUUCCGACUUUCGACCGAUCCCACUUACGCAGUACUUGAAACUCUCUCAUUUCGUCUAUCGAGUGGAGGAUGAUGGAAAGCAGAUAAUGACCAAAUUCGAUCGUCAAAUCAAGCCACAUGACCAAAAACUCGACCCUGAUGGACUUUUGCCACUCGUUCUUGAAGUUAUACCAAAACAUUCUGUUCUGAUCUUUUGCUCAUCCAGGAGGAAUUGUCAGAGCGUGAUGAAGCUUCUUUCUGGGCAGUUGAAAAUGGAAAUGGUCCCGGAUGACUUGGCGGAAAAGCGGGAGAAGCUCAUAAACGAUCUUGUCGAAGAACUUGAUACUGUUGGUGGCGUUGAUCCAGAUUUCAUCAAUUCCCUGCGGUUCGGAAUCGCUUUUCAUCACGCAGGCCUUAGUGGACCAGAGAGAACAACGAUCGAGGAAGGCUUUCGUGAUGGUACGUUAUGUGUUCUAUGUUGUACUUCAACACUGGCGGCGGGGGUGAACUUGCCUGCGAGAAGGGUGAUAAUCCGCGCGUUGACGCAAGGGAGAUCGAUGCUUCCGAUUUCUACGUAUCGGCAAAUGGCGGGCCGUGCUGGUCGAGCUGGUUUUGAUACCAUAGGCGAAGCAUUCAUCAUCGCGCCGCCGAAGGAUCGAAAACGAUGCCUGGAACUUGUCGGUGGAGUAAUGAACCCAGCAGAAAGCAAACUGGACAUCCUUGUGUACGAAGUGAUUCUUUCCGUUUUGCAGCUUGGUCUUGCCUUGACACGAACAGAAUUACUCGAUUUCUUCACCAAGUUCACCCUCGUCGGCCUCCAGCGAGGAGAAAAUUCGGACUUUGCGACACUCAUUGAAAAAACACUCGUUCAUCUUCAAGAACUCCAAGUGAUUGUCGCCCGCGAUGCAGAAAAGGAUGGAGUGGUUAUCGAAGACGAAAUUGAUUAUUUGGUGACGCCGAUUGGCAGGGCCAGUGUGGGCUCUGGAAUUGAGCUAAAGUAUUGUAGGAAUAUUUGGAAACGGUUGGACACGGCGAUGAUGAAUUUGAACGUAAAGAAUACGCUGCAGUUGAUAAGCUUGACGAUCUCAGAUGAUGUUCUAGAGCAGUACAAGUACAUGAGAAUAGAUUGGGAUAGAUACUAUGAGGAGAUGGAAGAAGUGUUAUCUUCGCACGAAAAGUCUGCUAUGACUCUUAUUUGCGGAUCAAAGGGAGCAGAAAAGAAGGAUUUAACAAAACGGAUCAACACAACACGAUUGAUUCAAAUGCAAGCGAAUAUCGGGAAGAUGGACGAAGACGAAAAAGAGACUUAUUUCAUCGGAUACUUAACGCUUAUUCUCCGCUAUAUUGGAGAAGGAGAGCACCCUGCAAAAGUCGCCCAAAAAUUUGGAAUCGAUCGCGGGGAGAUACAGUCGCUUUUCACGGCUGUUGUUUCCGAGUGCGCCCGAAUGUCGACAUAUUGUGCCCAUAUUGACAAGAAAAUGCAAUUCUUCUCAGCACUUUUCGACAAACUAAUUAUUCAACUUUCGUAUUCUUCAACGCCAGAAUUAAUUGAUCUUCUUAAUAUUCCUGGAGUGAAAAUAGGCCGGGCACGACAACUGUUUUCGGCGGGCUACUGUAGGGUCGUAGAUGUCGCCCAAGCUUCGGAACAAGAAAUGAAGAGCAAAAUCGAUAAAAUUAACGCUAGGCAGACGAAGAGCUUGAUUUCCGCGGCGAAGAAUUUGUUACAGAAACUAGACGAAGCUAGACGCCAUCAAAGAGAUGGAGAUGAAUCUUCUUGA